AUGGAUUCAUUAUAUGUUGAUGAAUUAAAAAAAAGUAUAAAUGAUUUAAUGAGUAAUCUUGAAAGUUUACCUGUACAUGGAGGAUCUGAACAAAAAUUUUUAAAGAAUGAUGUUGGUUUAUCAAAAUUAGCAUUCGCUUUAAAUUCUAAUGUUAAAAUAACAUGUAAAGAAGUACAUGGUUUAAAAUCAAUUCCAACAAAUCGUAUUGUUUAUUGUACAAUGGAAGUUGAAGGAGGAGAAAAAUAUCGAACUGAACAUGCUGAAGCUGGAAAACCUGUUUGGGAAUCUUCAGCUGAAUUUCCAACAAAUCAAAUUUUACCUAUUAUUAAAGUUAAACUUUUUAUGGAAAAUCCAGUUACUUAG